CUUAUCUCUAACUCGACUGAUAUAUUUGCCGUUAAAGAAGAGUAAGAACCCAGUGUCCUGUUGUCAUCGCGUCCGAGCUUGAUUGACAAAAUGUCGAUCAGCGAGAAGCAGGCGGAAGUCAGCGUCAACACUUCUAGCAUCAAGGGCUACCCCACUCCACCACGCAAUGCAGACGAUAAGCUACUCGCUGAACUUGGCUACAAAGCCGAGUUCAAACGCGAGUUCUCGGUCAGUCCCUCCUUAACAACCGCCCGUAUGGAAGCCAAAAUAAUUCUGGCCAGAUGAUCGAGACAAUUGCUUUUGCCUUCUCAAUUAUGGGUGUGGUGGCUUCUGUAACAUCGACAUUCUCAUU